CAGGAGGUCGGCCCACUCCAAUCUCCCCGGAGAUCACCCAACUCGUGGAGGAAGUGGCCCGUGACGUCGGGAUCGAGUCCCAUCAAAUCCCGCCUCUGUUCACCACUCUCUAUCUCGAAGAUGUCUUUUGUUUCGGUCGCAUCGGGGGCGUAUGGGGCGCUCAGUUGGGAUAUCCCGGGGAUUGGCAUUUGAGUCAACCGUCCGAGGUGGAUUUGACGACCUUGAGAUUCGGAGUGGCCUCGCAUGACCAAGAGAUCAAGCUUAAACCCGAAGUGGUAAGCUUGGUCAUGGGCAAGAAGCUUCAAAAGACCCUGAUUCUCUCGGACAAUGGAAAGCGAUUUGGUAUCGCGCGCGAACUACUCCGGGGUCAAACAGGGUUCUAUCACAUAAAAUCUCUGGCCCUGAGCGUUAAUGUCAUGUGUUUUAUUGCCGUUAUUCGCUUCCUCCGAGAAAAACGCGGACUCGCAGGCCGGCCCAAAACCGCUCAAGCAGUCAUCUACGGAUUCGUGGCUACUAUUUGGGGCUUGAUAUAUGUCCUGAUGAACGAUAGAGUUCGCGAUCAAUUCGACUCGAAUCUGGACCGGAGAGCCGCGGAACUUGGGCGGGACUAUGCCUUGGGGGGAGUCGAGCUGUACUCGAAACUGAUAAAGAAACGUCAACUACUCCGUUCAAUGGUGGAAAAGGACAAGGCUAAGAAUUACUAUUCGGUUCGUGGUGAUGUGUAUCCGGGCUUGGUUCGGUCCAAAGGAGUGCGGACGACUGUUCGAAAAACAACGUGCUUCGAUGUGCUGAACUCCAAAUUUGAAGGGGACGCUGUUUCUGAGGAGUCGAAGGAGGAGAGCACGGAAUCAGAAUCUUGACCAAAAUGUUAAGCUAAUUUUGUUUUGUAAAUGGAAUAAAAUUUCCCUCUUAAUCCAAA